UUUUUUCGGCCACGGUUAACGGCUCGCGUAGGGCAGCCCGGUGGUGCAGCGUCGCCGGUAACUUGCUAGCAGAAGCGACCGUUAGCUUCCCAAAAUACUUCACCUGAAACCCUUUGCUUUGUAUGGAAGCGGUCAGCAUCAGUAACGGGGUUCAUGCUACUCAUCGCCGGAUAACUUAUAAUGAGGAACAUCAUUGUGUUGUCGUCGUUGCUGCUGUUGCAGCACGUACUUCAUGUUAAAUCGACGCCCAAAGGCGUUACUACAAGUCUGAAAGCCAAGUGGAGCAUGACGCCGUUUCUUCUGGAAACAAGUGAGUUUAUUGGAGAAGAUGGGAAUGAGAAAUUCUGGCAGUUUAUUGACACCGUGAAAGAGCUGACUGUGUACAAGCAAGGAGAGUCUGUGCGCUCAUACUACAAUUUGAUCAUUAAGAAGGCUGGACAGUUCCUCACAGAUCUUCAAGUUAAUCUUCUUAAGUUUUCUCUUGCCUUACGGUCCUACUCACCAUCUGUUCAUGCGUCUCAGCAGAUCGCCAGUGAUGAGCCUCCACCUGAGGCUUGCCCUGCCUUUGUGUCCAUACAUGGCCAACAUAGCUGCAGUACCAAGGACAUGAAGAAGCUCCUGAAGACAGCUGCAGGCAGGCCAAAACCAUAUUUAUACAAGAAUGACCACACAUACCCCAGAGUCAUUAAAACCGAUGUGCCAGUUGUGAUUCUCUAUGCUGAGAUUGGAACAAAGAAGUUCACCUCAUUUCAUAAGGUGCUCUCAGAACAAGCUGAAGGAGGAAAAAUCGUGUAUGUGCUGCGGCAUUAUGUAGCGGAUCCAAAGCCUCAAAAAAUGCUUUUAUCUGGUUAUGCCGUUGAGUUGGCAAUCAAAAGCACAGAAUACAAAGCUGUGGAUGACACCAAAGUAAAAGAUUCAAAGACCGUUAUAAAUGAUGAAGAUGAUGAUAACGAUGAAGUCCAAGGUUUCUUUUUUGGAGCACUAAAGAAAUCUCACCCUGAACUUCAGGAACAACUGUCUGAGCUUCGCAAACAUCUUCUGGAGAGUACAAAUGACAUGGCUCCUCUGAAAGUAUGGGAGAUGCAAGAUUUAAGUUUCCAGGCAGCUGCCAAAAUCAUGUCUGUGCCAAAGUUUGAUGCUUUGAAGGUAAUGCGAGACCUCAGUCAGAACUUUCCAAGCAAAGCCAGAUCACUGACAAGAGUGGCUGUAAAGCAGGAAAUGAGAAAAGAAAUUGAGGCGAACCAAAAGCAUCUCACUGAGACCAUUGGUGUUCACCCGGGAGACGGGGAGCUCUUCAUUAACGGACUGCACAUUGAUUUGGACGUUCACAACCCUUUUAGCAUUUUGGACAUCCUCAGAGCAGAGGCCAGGGUUUUGGAGGGGCUUCAUAAUUUAGGCAUACGAGGAGAACAUCAGGGAAAUCUGAUGAGAUUACCUGUGAAUGCUGUGGAUGACAGCUAUGCUUUAGAUAUCCGACACCCAGCUAUAAUGUGGAUAAAUGACAUAGAGAAUGACUCAACGUACCGCAGCUGGCCUGCUGGUGUUCAGGAGCUGCUCAGAGCCACCUUUCCUGGAGUCAUCCGGCAGAUCCGGCGUAAUUUCUUCAACCUGGUGCUGUUUCUAGAUCCAGUACAGGAGGAAAGCGUUGAGCUGGUGAAACUAGCAGAGCUUUUCUACAAACAUAAGAUUCCCCUGAGAAUUGGAUUUGUGUUUGUUGUCAACACCAAAGAUGAGAUUGAUGGCUUCUUAGAUGCAGGAGUUGGAUUUUACCGUCUACUGAAUUACAUUGCAGACGAAUACGAUUUGUACCAAGCUCUGAUGUCUAUGGUCUCACUGUACAACAAAGUCGAUGUAGGGGAGACGCUGUCUGUUGAUACACUCACUGCUUUUCUGAAAAGAAAAUUCCCGAAAGCCAACGCUGAAAGGAUUCUAGGUACAGAAUCUGAGUAUGAUGAAAACAGAAAGGAUGGAGCCCUUUACUAUAAAAAGAGUGGCCUGGGUGCUCUGCCUCUGGCUUUAUUUAAUGGAGUCCCUCUGAGCCCAGAUGAGAUGGACCCAGAAGAACUGGAAACCAUAAUCCUGCAGCGCAUAAUGGACACCACCACUGUGUUUCAGAGAGCUGUAUUUAUGAAUCAGUUAACUGAAAGCUCAAAUGUGGUUGACUAUUUAAUGGAGCAGCCCAAUGUGGUUCCCAGGAUGAACAGUCUUAUUCUAAGCAGUGAUCGAAAGUACCUCGACUUCACUGCUUCACCAGCUGUAGAUGAUUGGGAAGACACAACUAUGUUUUCAUACCUUGACUCCAGAGACAAGACAGCUGUGGUAUCUAAAAGGAUGAAGUACUUUACAAAUAGCGACGAGGAUGGGAUAAGUGCUGUGACCAUGUGGAUAGCUGGAGAUUUUGAGAAGGUUUCAGGAAGAAAGCUGUUACUUAGUGCUUUGAAACAUGUGCAGAAGGCCAGCCCCGGAGUGCGUGUUGGAGUGAUAGAUAACCCCAGUGGAAAGCCAAGCGACGAUAACACCGUGCUGUACAGAGCUAUCUGGGCCUCUUUACUCACCCAGAAGAAUAAGGCUUCAGCAGAGUUUGUGCAGAAAGUCCUGAAAGAGGAGAGCAAGAAACUUCUCCAACAGGGAACUAAGAUGAAGGAUUUACUGAUGCAGGGCAUGAAUGUGGAUGCCUUUGAGAAAAAGUUCAACACACUGGAAGUGGAUUUUAUCCGCAGUCAGCAGCUGUUCUGUAGAGAUGUCCUGAAACUAAGUCCUGGACAGCGAGCUGUGAUCAGCAACGGCAGGAUCCUCGGCCCAUUUGAGGAGCAGGAAGAAUUCACCGUGGAGGAUUUCUACUUGCUGGAGAAGAUUACACUGAGGGGCUCUGCAGAGAAAGUCAAAGCUAAAGUUAAACAGAUGGGGAUGAAGCCAAAGCAUGCCAGUGACUUAAUCAUGAAAGUUGAUGCCCUCCUAACUGCAGCCCCCAAAGGAGAGGUCAGGAGGGACGUCCACUUCAUCAAAGACAGCCACAGUGUGCUCCGUCUCGCCCCUCGUGAAAACGAGGUAUUCUACGAUGUGGUAGCCAUCGUUGAUCCCCUUACUCGAGAGGCACAGAAGAUGUCCGCCCUGUUGAUCGUGCUCAGUCAAGUUGUCAAUGUGAGACUGCAGGUGUUUAUGAAUUGCAGGACCAUGUUGUCAGAAAUGCCCCUCAAGAGCUUUUACCGCUUUGUUAUGGAGCCAGAUGUAGGUUUUUUGGCCAACGACACAGUGUCUCCAGGACCGGUUGCCCGUUUUGUGGAUCUCCCAGAGACUCCGCUGCUCACACUAAUCAUGAUCACACCAGAGAGCUGGAUGGUACAGGCGGUGCGCAGCCCCCAUGACUUGGAUAACAUCCACCUGCAGGAGGUGAGUGGGAUCGUGACAGCAGAGUAUGAACUGGAGCACCUUUUGCUGGAGGGCCACUGCUUUGACCUGUCAACUGGCCAGCCCCCGCGUGGACUGCAGUUUACCCUGGGCAUGAGCCGAGACCCGCUCAUGUAUGACACUAUAGUCAUGGCUAACCUGGGAUAUUUCCAGCUUAAAGCCAAUCCUGGUGCCUGGAAUCUAAGAUUACGUGAAGGAAGAUCAGCGGAUAUCUAUCAGAUUCUCUCGCACGAUGGAACUGACUCUCCUGCAGAUGCUGGUGAUGUUAUAGCCGUGCUAAACAGUUUCCAUAGCAAGAUCAUCAAAGUCAGAGUGCAGAAAAAGGCUGAGAAGAUGAAUGAAGAUCUUUUAAGUGAAACCAGCGAAAGCAAAGGCAUAUGGGACUCCAUAGCAAGUGUUUGGAGCACUUUUGAGAAAAGGAGAAGCAUAGGAGUCCCAAUGGUGAUUAUCUUUCUUACUGAGUUCUCCAAGGUGAGGUGUGGAGCUACGUUUGAUCCGCUGGCUAGGCAGCUCCAGGAGUUUUCAUUGGGGAACAGCAGAGGCAUGUUUGUCCUUUCCAGCUCAACAUUUGGGAAAGAGAGGAAGGGAGUUCUCCUUUCAUAAUAAGAAGUUCAGGAUUAACUGGAAUAAUUUAGGGUUUGACUAGAAUACAGUAACACAUACUGUACAAGUUUAGAAAAGCACAUCAGCAACUUUUUUGGGACACCGGCAGUGCAGUAAAUGUGAGACUAAAUGAUAAAAUCUCCUUUAGUUGGAUUUCAGUGAUGCCAGGAUGCUGAAGGCUGACUCAUACUGGGUAGGAGUAGGGUUUGGGGAAUUUGCUCACCAAUGUACCUGCCAUCUGUGGGUAUUGGGUGGUUUGUGAUGGGAAUACUAAGUGUGUCUAUUGUAGCUGCUGCUACAAGUAUGUAGUCAUUAUGCAGUAAGAAAAAUAAGAGCUGUGCCCAAAUUCUGAGCAGUAGAUUAGGUACAGUCUUGAACUCCCCCUCAAGGACGGGCUUAGGGCUUAGAAGUGGAAUCAGUGCCACUUCAUGUUGAAAGGAGCUUUUUUGAAUUGUUCAGCUGUCUGAUCGGGAUGCUUUUGCUUUUCCAGCUAGGAACAACCUCUAGGCAGGCCUAGAACAAGCUAAAGAGAUUGCAAAUCCCUCCCGGCCUUGGCACCUGCUAAUUAGGAGCUCUCGGAGGCCGUUGGGGAGAACAACAGUUGGGAUUCCCUGUUUAGCUUGCCUCUGCCGUGACCAGGACCAGAUAAGACUCUGAAAGUGGCUGGAUAGAUGGAUGAAUGAAUUUAUAUAUUAAUGUAAUCCUAAAACCAUUUCCCCCUGGUACGCUUGCAUUUGAGUUAUCAAAAUACUAUAACAUUAAAAGGUUAAAUAAAAGGUUCAAGACGAUGGUUUCAAGAGACAUAAUUGCUCCUUAAGUGCCAGUGAUGUAUGAAUCUAAAAUUAUCUUAAAAUGUGACUGCAUUUAAAGAGAGGGAGAGUACUUUCUGUUGGCAUGGUUUCAGUUCAUCCUCUUUUUAAAACAAGAAGGAACACUCAUCUUAAGCAAAAAAAACUAACUCAAAUCAUGCAUCCUUUUGUGUUUUUAAUGCUCUGACCAAGAGCAACUUAACUCUCUCCUAAGUCUCUUUAGAUGGUUCACUGCAAGAAUUAAAGAAUAGACUGUAAGACAUCUUGUGCGAGGCAGAUCCAUGCAUCAGAAAGCACUGCUCUCAUUAACUCAUGUUAAUGUCAAGUUUUUUUAAAUCCAGUAGAGGUAUGGGACGACUUCUUGUGGAAAAACCACUUAUUCUGUUCUACAUUUAUAUUAAAGAGACUCACACUCAGGCAAGUGGCACAUGAAUAGAUGUGAUAUCCACACAGAUAUUAAAGCAUGUCCCCACUUUAUGUCCUGUUAGCAGCGUUCAGGAUUUAUUCGGUGCUGAGUCCAGAGGUCCAGAUUAUCUGUGGUGAGCUUGCCAAAAGGGCCCACACCUGGCCCUCUAAAGCUGCUUAGUGGGGGUGACGCUGUCUUGGGGGGUUCAAAAUUCAAAAUGAAGACCGUUCAUAACUGCUGGUUUAGCCACUCGGUCCCUAGAUUCCAGUGAAGGGGUUGUGAUUUGCUUGAAGCCAACAUUUCCAUGAGAGGGCGAGGGUUCAAUGUCGGGAAGAAAUUUGGUAAAGCUACAGGGAGAGAAAUACACUAAAGGUUUUCAGAAGGACAGACAACAAAUGGUAGUUUUAGAGGUCAUGUAGACAAACAGUAUGCUCCCUACCCUCCCUUCACACUUUGCUCUCGCUCACUGGUGUCUUCCCCGAGCCUCGGGGCCGAGGCGGUGGUUGUGAUUGAAUGUGGGAGAGACACUCCUUCCCUCAUCAGCAGUCUGUUUCAGACAAGGACACAGUUUGACUGCAGACACAUCUUCCCUCCAGCACAAGUCCUGAUUUCUCUCCACUGAAUGUGCCUUGCAUAUCAUGAGCCACUGCUCUUUUAACGGCAGUUUAGAAGUGUUUUAUUUAUGUAAUAUUUCAACUAAGAAGGUUAGUUUAGUCUGCUGUGAUGGACAGUCUCUUUAUGUGGGUGCACUGUGUAGAAUGUUGUUUGAGCCAUUUUUUCUGAGACGCACUGAUACUUUUUUCCGUGUCUGGUUUUUGGUGUUUUGCACAUCUUAGCAUACUCCACAGUAUGAGCCGAGGGUCCGUGACUCACCUAAUUUCACACAAACAGUAUCCCAUCUGGACCACUGCAAAUGUUUUUGCAUUAAAUAGAAAUAUACUAAAUAUCUGUAUAUAAUAAUGGUUGAUUUUCUGCCAAUGAGCAAUUCAUCAAUUGACCAGUGGUUGAAAACGAUUGAUAGUUGGAUCAAAAAAAUGCUUCUAAAAAUUGAUGAACUAAUGAUUAGCAUAAUGAAAUAUGUGCUACAAGCAAAGUACACCGCUGCACAUUUACAUACAGCUCUUCUAGUCAAGCAGGAAAAUGUGGUUCUCCUCAUGGGAGAAGCUCUGCUGCCGGUGCCUCAUGGUGGAAGGAGCAGGGCUUUUAAAGGGAAGUGCAGCAGCUGAUGUUACUGGGCACGAAUGUUACUGUUCGCACAGUUAACCAAAUCUAUAAAAUAUGUGAGGACUUGUGUAUAAUUUGUGAUCCUUGUGCAGUUUGUUUCACUUCACUUUUAGUCUGGAACAUGCAACGAGCCAGGACAAAUAACAAGAACGCUGAUAAUGCACUUGACUGUAUCAGCUGCUUGUUUGAUGUGACUCGUGUUUUAAUGUGUAGUUUAUGUUUCCCAUUACCAACACAUGCAAUAAUUCUACCUUUUUGAAACUUAUACUGUGUCAAUAAUUGGUUGUUAAUGAUUUAACAAACAAAUGGGUAUAGAUACAACUGCAGCAUGUGUCCAGUUUAAAUGCUUCACCUGUCUUCACUGUACCAGUUAACACAUUGCUAUGUAUUGUGUGGUGGUAUAAUCAUGGCUACAGAGCAUCUCAUUGAAUUGAUGAAACACCUCCAUAAGCUGUACAGUCCUGCAUGACAUGUUUGAUAUCGCUGCUGGUUUUACAGAAAACAAGGCUGAUUUACUGUGAGCAUAUAAAAAAGUGGCAUCAAUCGAAAUACAACAGACUCAUGUAUAAUGGCGUCAU